CGAUGUGAAAAUCGUAGCUUCACCUUUACCAAGUGCAAUGUGAACUUGUCUAGGCUUCUCAUAUUAUAUGAUCUAUUGUCUAAGAAACUUUGCUUUACUUGUUAAUCGAAGAUUUAGCAUAUUCUUGCAUGCAUUUGACAUAUUCCAGCUUACCCUUUUCUUCUUGUUAGUGUUUCUUUGUGCAAGAUAUUAAUCAGAUUUAUGAACUUUAAACUAGAACUAAAGCGUUAUGGGCUAUUUUAACUUUCAUAGGUAAGAAAUUGUCUAUGUUAAUCCUUGUCGAAUUUGGGAUGUCUCUUGGAAAUUGUAUUGUCAGUGGUGAAUUUUUCUGCUACUUUAAUCCACAAGUCCGUUAGCUACAAGAAACCCAUUGAAAUUAUGGGGAUUUCUUAUCAUGGGAUGGGAAUACAUCAAUGGGAAAGAAUUAUCGUGACUGCUUUGAUGAUUAACAAGAUGGAGGAUAUCUCUAGGGCAGGAUACAUGAAAUAAAAAGAAAAGGAUGGUAGAUCGAUAUUGGAUUGGUUUGUCUCUGGUGCUUUCAUGUCUCAUUCAAGUUUUAGAUGCCAGUGCUGGUGAUGCUGAUCCAGCCUACAGGGCUUGUGUUGCACAAUGUGAACAAACAGGAUGUGUGGGGCAAAGAUGUUUUUCACACUGCAAAUUUUCAUCAGAUGGUUUCUCAAUUGAUGGUCCAUGGUACAUGCAAGAGCCUCUUUACUUGCGGUGGAAACAAUGGGAUUGCCAAAGUGAUUGUCGCUACCAUUGCAUGCUUGAUAGAGAAAAGGAAAGAGAAUCAUUUGGCCAUGGUCCUGUCAAGUACCAUGGUAAAUGGCCCUUUAAGCGCGUAUAUGGAAUUCAGGAGCCAGCCUCUGUAGCUCUCUCUGCACUCAACCUUGCAAUGCAUUUCCAUGGUUGGCUAUCAUUUUUUAUCCUCCUGUACUAUAAAUUACCCUUAAAACAAGAUAAGAAGGCAUACUAUGAAUAUGCAACUCUGUGGCAUAUCUAUGGAUGCAUAUCGAUGAACUCCUGGUUCUGGAGUGCUGUUUUCCAUAGCCGAGAUGUGGACUUGACAGAGAAGUUAGACUACUCUUCUGCAGUGGCAUUAUUAGGUUACUCACUCAUUCUGGCUAUACUAAGAAGUUUCAAUGUGAAAGAUGAAGCAGCAAGGGUCAUGGUUGCUGCUCCACUGCUUGCAUUUGUGACUACUCAUAUAUUGUUCAUCAACUUCUAUAAGCUAGACUAUGGUUGGAACAUGAAAGUUUGUGGCACAAUGGCAGUGGCUCAGCUUCUCAUUUGGGCAAUUUGGGCUGGUGUCAGCCGCCAUCCUUCUCGGUGGAAGUUGUGGGUUGUGGUUGUUGGAGGUGGUCUUGCAAUGUUCUUAGAAAUCUACGAUUUCCCUCCAUAUAAGGGAUUCUUGGACGCCCAUGCUCUUUGGCAUGCAACUACUAUCCCUCUUACCUACAUUUGGUGGAGUUUCAUCAGAGAUGACGCCGAGUUCCGUACCUCUCACCUCCUUAAAAAGGCCAAGUAGCUAUUUGGAAACAAAAAAAAAUUCAUGUUAAACAUAUGAUAUGUUCUUGAACCUGACAGGAUAUUUUUCAGGGGGGAUACAAGCUGCUUAGUCAAAAUAUUGAAUUUGGUUGAAAAAUUAUUGUGAUGGAUCAGAUAAUGGUGUGGAACUGCUUAUGUUUGGAUUUUUUCCCCCCUCUCUCAUCUUUUUUCUAUAGAAAUUUAGCUGAGCAUCUGAGGCUUUCUUUUC